CUCCCUCCCUGAGAACCCGAGCCAUGGAGCUCUCGGAUGUGCACUGCCUUAGCGGCAGCGAGGAACUCUACACCAUCCACCCGACGCCCCCGGCCGGCGACGGCGGGAGCGGCUCUCGGCCGCAGCGGCUGCUGUGGCAGACGGCGGUGCGGCACAUCACCGAGCAGCGCUUCAUCCACGGGCACCGGGGCGGCGGCGGGGGCUCACGCAAAGCCUCGAACCCUGCGGGCAGCGGACCCAACCACCACGCGCCGCCACUGUCUGGCGAUUCGACGCUGCCCCUCUAUUCUCUGGGCCCCGGAGAGCGAGCGCACAAUACCGGCGGCACCAAAGUCUUCCCGGAACGCAGCGGGAGCGGCAGUGCCAGUGGCAGCGGGGGCGGGGGCGACCUGGGCUUCCUGCACCUUGACUGUGCCCCGAGUAACUCGGAUUUCUUCCUCAAUGGUGGCUACAGCUACCGUGGGGUCAUUUUCCCUACCCUACGCAACUCCUUCAAGUCUCGGGAUCUGGAGCGCCUCUACCAACGCUAUUUCCUGGGCCAGAGGCGCAAAUCCGAGGUAGUUAUGAACGUGCUGGAUGUACUAACCAAACUCACCCUCUUGGUCCUCCACUUGAGCCUGGCCUCGGCCCCCAUGGACCCACUCAAGGGCAUCCUGCUGGGCUUCUUCACCGGCAUCGAGGUGGUGAUUUGCGCCCUGGUGGUGGUCAGGAAGGACACCACGUCGCACACCUACCUGCAAUACAGCGGAGUGGUCACUUGGGUAGCUAUGACCACCCAGAUUCUAGCAGCGGGCCUGGGCUAUGGGCUUCUGGGAGACGGCAUAGGCUACGUGCUCUUUACACUCUUCGCCACCUACAGCAUGCUUCCCCUGCCGCUCACCUGGGCUAUCCUGGCGGGCCUGAGCACAUCGCUGUUGCAAGUCACCCUUCAAGUGCUCACACCCAGGCUGGCGGUCUUUUCAAUCAAUCAGGUUCUGGCCCAGGUGGUGCUAUUCAUGUGCAUGAACACGGCUGGGAUCUUCAUCAGUUACCUGUCUGACCGCGCCCAGCGCCAGGCCUUCCUGGAGACACGGAGGUGUGUGGAGGCCAGGCUACGCCUAGAGACAGAGAACCAAAGACAGGAGCGGCUUGUGCUGUCUGUGCUUCCCAGGUUCGUCGUGCUGGAAAUGAUCAAUGACAUGACCAACGUGGAGGAUGAGCACCUGCAGCAUCAGUUCCACCGCAUCUACAUCCAUCGCUAUGAGAAUGUCAGUAUUCUUUUUGCAGAUGUCAAAGGAUUUACCAACCUCUCUACGACCUUGUCCGCUCAGGAGCUGGUCAGGAUGCUCAACGAGCUCUUUGCCAGAUUUGACCGGCUGGCCCAUGAGCAUCAUUGUCUUCGUAUUAAAAUCCUGGGGGACUGCUACUACUGCGUGUCUGGACUGCCUGAGCCCCGCCAGGACCACGCCCAUUGCUGCGUUGAAAUGGGUCUCGGCAUGAUCAAAACCAUCAGGUAUGUGAGAUCCAGAACGAAGCACGAUGUUGACAUGAGAAUUGGAAUCCACUCAGGCUCCGUGCUAUGUGGCGUGUUGGGUCUGAGGAAGUGGCAGUUUGAUGUCUGGUCUUGGGAUGUGGACAUUGCAAACAAACUUGAAUCUGGAGGGAUCCCUGGGAGAAUUCACAUUUCCAAAGCCACACUGGAUUGCCUCAAUGGUGACUACAAUGUGGAAGAGGGCCACGGUAAAGAGAGGAAUGAGUUCUUGAGGAAGCAUAAUAUAGAGACCUAUUUGAUUAAGCAGCCUGAGGAGAGCUUGCUAUCACUGCCUGAAGACAUAGUCAAGGAGUCGGUGAGCUCCUCAGACAGGAGGAACAGCGGGGCAGCCUUCCCAGAAGGAUCCUGGAGCCCAGAACUGCCUUUCGACAACAUCGUGGGCAAACAGAAUACUCUGGCUGCCCUAACAAGAAAUUCAAUAAAUCUGCUUCCAAACCAUCUCGCACAAGCUUUGCAUGUCCAGUCUGGGCCUGAGGAAAUUAACAAGAGAAUAGAGCAUACCAUCGACUUGCGGAGUGGCGAUAAGCUGAGAAGAGAGCAUAUCAAGCCAUUCUCACUGAUGUUUAAAGACUCCAGCCUGGAGCACAAGUAUUCUCAAAUGAGAGAUGAAGUUUUCAAGUCAAACUUGGUCUGUGCAUUUAUCGUUCUUCUGUUCAUCACUGCGAUUCAAAGUUUGCUUCCUUCUUCGAGGCUGAUGCCGAUGACCAUCCAGUUCUCCAUUCUGAUCAUGCUGCACUCCGCCCUGGUCCUCAUCACCACAGCAGAGGACUAUAAGUGUCUGCCCCUCAUCCUCCGCAAAACCUGCUGUUGGAUUAAUGAAACAUAUCUGGCCCGGAACGUCAUCAUCUUCGCUUCCAUCCUGAUUAAUUUCCUGGGAGCAGUCCUAAAUAUCCUGUGGUGUGAUUUUGACAAGUCGAUACCCUUGAAGAACCUGACUUUCAAUUCCUCAGCUGUGUUUACAGAUAUCUGCUCCUACCCAGAGUACUUUGUCUUCACGGGGGUGUUGGCCAUGGUGACCUGUGCAGUUUUCCUCCGGCUGAACUCUGUCUUGAAGCUGGCUGUACUACUGAUUAUGAUCGCCAUCUAUGCCCUGCUGACCGAGACCAUCUAUGCGGGUCUCUUUCUGAGUUACGACAACCUGAACCACAGUGGAGAAGAUUUCCUAGGGACCAAGGAGGCGUCACUGCUGCUGAUGGCCAUGUUUCUCCUUGCUGUGUUCUACCAUGGACAGCAGCUGGAAUAUACAGCCCGCCUGGAUUUCCUGUGGCGAGUACAGGCCAAAGAGGAGAUCAACGAGAUGAAGGAGCUGAGGGAACACAAUGAAAACAUGCUGCGUAAUAUCUUACCCAGCCAUGUGGCUCGUCACUUCCUGGAGAAAGACAGAGACAAUGAGGAGCUAUAUUCACAGUCCUAUGAUGCCGUUGGAGUGAUGUUUGCUUCCAUUCCCGGAUUUGCAGACUUUUAUUCUCAGACAGAAAUGAACAACCAGGGAGUGGAAUGUCUGCGCUUGCUGAAUGAGAUCAUCGCUGACUUUGAUGAGCUGCUUGGGGAGGACCGGUUUCAAGACAUAGAGAAGAUCAAGACCAUUGGUAGCACAUACAUGGCCGUCUCAGGACUGUCACCAGAGAAACAGCAAUGUGAAGACAAAUGGGGGCACCUGUGUGCCCUGGCUGACUUCUCUCUUGCCCUGGCCGAAAGCAUACAGGAGAUCAACAAGCAUUCGUUCAACAAUUUUGAACUCCGAAUUGGCAUCAGCCAUGGCUCAGUGGUAGCAGGUGUGAUUGGCGCUAAGAAACCACAGUAUGACAUUUGGGGUAAAACUGUGAACUUGGCAAGUCGAAUGGACAGCACGGGGGUGAGUGGCCGGAUCCAAGUUCCAGAGGAGACUUAUCUUAUCCUGAAGGACCAGGGAUUUGCCUUUGAUUAUCGAGGAGAGAUCUAUGUGAAGGGCAUCAGUGAGCAAGAAGGAAAAAUCAAAACGUACUUUCUCCUCGGAAGAGUCCAACCCAACCCAUUCAUCUUGCCCCCAAGAAGACUGCCCGGGCAAUACUCUCUAGCUGCAGUUGUCCUUGGCCUUGUCCAGUCUCUCAACCGGCAAAGGCAGAAGCAACUACUCAAUGAGAACAGCAACACGGGCAUUAUCAAAGGCCAUUACAACCGGCGGACUUUGUUAACACCCAGUGGGCCGGAGCCUGGAGCACAAGCUGAAGGCACCGACAAAUCCGAUUUGCCAUAAAAGCAUUUUCUUUGUG